UGCACAGAACGUGGUGAGUUAUUUCCAUGGAACUCUGGUAAUGGCAAGCUCACCCAGGAAAUACUCCUACACUGUUUUUCAAACAGAAAAUAAGCAGCACUGAGCACUGUCUUUAUUCCCGUUUUACUAGAAAGGAGACAAUGUUAACAAUUUAUGUGCUGUCAGAAAGUGUUUCAUAAACCCAGAUGUGUUUACUAAGAACUGGAAGUUGUUUAAGCUGUAAGGUUUGGAGGGACUUUCGGCAGCAAAGCAGUUGCAAAGCAUUUUAGUUUUAAAACAUCGAAGGCAAGUGUUUUAUUGCACAGCAAAACUGAAAUGCGGUUUAACCACUGGUUUACAAUCUGGUUAAAACCCAAAGCUGCAAGCCAUUUUAAGGAAUCAAAAAUUAUUAUUUUGCACACUUUCAAAAAGCUUUCCGCUUGUCUCAACCAUUUGUUUUUAUUUUCAAAGCAUAAGUGCUCAAAAGGAAUCGUAUUCAUUAGCUGGACGCCUGGCAAGCAAGACAUAUUUGUAGAAUGAACAAGUAAGUGAGCAAGCUCUCUUGAGAUCUUGAGAUACAAUAUAGUCCUUCAUUUGAGCUGAUUUCCCUUAAUUAAUUCACAGAACUUCAGGCUCAUUUUACAUGUCUGCUCACACAAUUAAUAUCAGGGUUGAGUUCUCCAACACUGUAAAACCAGAGAGAUGCCCACUUACAGCCAUGUGUCAGGUGGGGGAGGGUAUUUAUUACUCUGCCUUUAGCUGAGUACGAGGCACGGAGUCAUUUUAUGAGUAUUUAGGGGAAAACAGUUUCCUCUCGCCUCACAGAACAUAACUGUUUGUUUUUUUUAAUCUCUAAUAUAAUUCUUCGAACUAUGAAAUCCCAGAAGACGUGGUCCCAAGGAGGAGAGUCCUUCUAGGUUUGAGUUCAUUCAUUUCCAAGUGGCCCGUCCAGCUCCUGGACCGCUUUAAUACCUAGAGAAAUCCGCUUCCUCUGAGCCAAAGUCGGCCUCCCGACAGCAUCCCCGCCGCCCCACUGGUCGGUGCCGAGACGUCGAGGCCAGUCACCACCUCCUCCUCCUCCUCCUCCUCCAGCCAGGCGGACCGCGCCAGUCCACUUCUGUGGGGGCGACACCCAGCCCGCAGGCCACACGCCCCGCGUGUGCGGCGCCUUUAUUUACUUCGCUCCAGAGCCAUCAGCCCCCCUCCUGACAAGUCUGGAAAGCAUUUCGGUGACGCGAUGUUGGGGACACUGGUCUGGAUGCUCGCGGUCGGCUUCCUGCUGGCCCUGGCGCCGGGCCGCGCGGCGGGCGCGCUGAGGACCGGGAGGCGCCCGGCGCGGCCGCGGGACUGCGCCGACCGGCCCGAGGAACUCCUGGAGCAGCUGUACGGGCGGCUGGCGGCCGGGGUGCUCAGCGCCUUCCACCACACGCUGCAGCUCGGGCCGCGCGAGCAGGCGCGCAACGCCAGCUGCCCGGCCGGGGGCAGGCCCGCCGACCGCCGCUUCCGGCCGCCCACCAACCUGCGCAGCGUCUCGCCCUGGGCGUACAGGAUUUCCUACGACCCAGCUCGCUUCCCGAGGUACCUGCCUGAGGCCUACUGCCUGUGCCGUGGCUGCCUGACCGGGCUCUUCGGUGAGGAGGACUUCCGCUUCCGCAGCGCACCCGUCUACUCCCCGGCCGUAGUGCUGCGCCGCACCGCGGCCUGCGCGGGAGGCCGCUCAGUGUACGCUGAACACUACGUCACCAUCCCGGUGGGCUGCACCUGCGUGCCCGAGCCCGACAAGGCCUCGGACAACGCCAACUCCAGCAUGGACAAGCCAGGAGCCAAGCUGCUGCUCGGGCCCAGCGACAGGCCAGCAGGGCGCUGAUGCCAGGGACUGGCCGCUGCCGCCACCCAGCUUCCUUUGUGCAUCUGUUCCCCCAACCCAAGCCCUGCCCCACCCCCGCCGCUGCCCACUUUUUCCGAAGGGACAGCUACAUAAGCUUUAAAUAUAUUUGUAUUUUUCAAAGUAGACACUACAUACCUAAGGCUAUUUUGAAUAGAGGCAGAAACUAUUUUCAUAUUAGUAAUUUAGAGCAAGCAUGUUAUUUUUAAAACUUCCUUGACAUACAAGCAAAUUGCAAACAUCCGUUUUCCUCUAAUAGGAUUCUUGAGCGCAUAAUUGUGGUGCUCAGAUGAACUUCUUUAGCUGACACUGCCCUCUCCCUGAGGCUGACUGUUGCCAAAGCUCACCGAGGUGAAAUGGAUGCUCCGAAUCUGUGCCCCGAGGCCUCUCAGGUCCACGGAGAGAGGGAUGUGAGGGGCCUCCGGGUUCUGGGAACCAAACUCUCUUUUGUUCUUUAGCAUAUGGAUGGUCUCAACUUUAUGACAACUUAAUUUUUUUUUUUUUGGUGUUUUUCUUCCACUUUUAAAAGCCACUGGCCUCAAUUUAUGGCAGGAGGUGGAAUGUGGCAUCUUAGCCAGUUCUCAGGGAGCUCCAAGUACACAUGGGCUUAGUUUUAUGAGCUUUUGGAUCAGCCAAGCCUGCGGAGGGAGAAGGAGGGCCGGGUCUCCAGAGUGCAGAGGCCUCCUCUGGGUAUUACGUCUGAGUGUGAAGUCUGCUCCUGAGCACAUUUGUAAAGGGUCUUUUUCAGUCACUAAAAUGAUGGUAGCUGAAGGA